AUGCCAGACUUGCGCCCAAGCACAGCUGCAGCUUUACCAUGCCCUCCUAUCAACAAAGGGACUAGGGAUCAGGUGGACAAGCCCUACCCCUCAGUGCGGCCCUCAACAGCAAUCCAGUUGACUCGCUCCAAGUUGACGAGUGACAACCCCUUUUUGAUUGCACAAUUUGCGGAGCUAUUGGCAUUUUUUGGCAAUUCAUCAGAGGUCCAUCGCUCACUGGUUUCUUCACCAUUUGCGGAUGAACAUCGCAAGAGGUUGUUAAAUAACUACGCUGCUACCACUGUUUUUCGCUACUUGCAAGCAGUGCAGAAGUUUGUACGCGUGACGACACAGUUGGGUAUGGACAUUCAUGCAUUGUCGGAAUCCCAGUUGGCCGAUGUUUUGACAGUGAUGCAACAAUCCAGGUCAUGUGACACGGAUAGGGAUGUUAGUUCCGGCAAUUUUACCAUCAAAGCACUGCGGUGGUGGUACAAAAUCGCUGGUGUCACCAACUUUCAAAUUUGUUUUUCCCCGCUGGUCGACAGCUUCCUGAAGACCAAGUUGAGCAAGGAUAAGAGGGAAGCACCCCCGCUUCCUCUUUGGCUUCUCUUUCAAUGGGAGCGUCGGGUCCUUCAGAGUGCUGCAACAGUUUAUGAAACAAUGAUGUUGGGUGCAUUCCUUCUUAUCACAUGGGCAGGUCUUCGUUUCGCUGACGCACAGAGGUUGAAUGUUGACUCCCUUGUAUUUAAUUUUCAGGAGCUACGUGGAUUGGUCUGGAGAUCCAAGACGAUGGCAGCAGGCCACCCCUUUGGGGUACAAGCAGCAGGCCUAUGCAGUACAGGGACAUUCACCUGGCUUUUCAAAUUUUUGCAAACAUGGGACCAGCUCAUGAGGGAUCUUCAAAUUCCACGUUCACAAUGUGAUUUUUUGAUUCCUGCCAUGCAACCGGAUGGCACCAUCUCAGAGUUUGAACCAUUGGACUAUGCGGGGACAACCAAAAUUUUCAGAGCGAUGUUGAUGACCCCAUGGAAGCGCUUUCAAGGGGACCAUCCAUUAGAGCGGCUUCAGAUGACUUACACACUUCAUUCCAUGAAAGCCACGCUUUUGAGCUUUGGGCCACAGUUGGGCACUUUGGUCAGCGACUCAGAUCGUCUUUUACAAGGACAUCACCAGGAUCAGAAACAAUCUUUAAAUCUGUAUGGUCGCGAUAGCGUUUGGGGUUCUCUCCGUUAUCAACAGACAGUCACAUCACAGAUUCAACAAGGAUGGAGGCCUAAAACUGCACAACAUAGAGGGGGACAGUUUCCUCUUGUGGAGCCAACGGUUGUCUUAGAGCGCUACAAAAAAGCGGCACCUGACUACAGGUUUGAAUGGCUUCCAUUUCAUCACCAUGAGGAACCCCAGGAACUGCCACCGGCUCAAGAGGUGGUCUCUGAAGAAUCCGAUACGGACUCCAGCAGCAGCGACAGUGACACUGACAGCAAAGGUUCUGAACAGGCUUUGUCAGCUCAGGAGAUGAACCCCAAGAAGCAGGAACCAAUACAAGCGGACGAAGCUGUGUUUGCUCGCCAUCGACGGGUCACCCAUGCUAUGGUGAUUAUGGAUGACGGCAAUGAGUCCAGACCUUUUUUCAUGGGGCAUUUGUGGAAGGCGUCCUGUGGAAAUUGCGUCAUGACUACAAAGUCAUUAGAGGAUGCCAUGUCGGCAUGUGGCGUUGAACCAGUCAUUGCAUCACAGCUGGUGCAAAUGGGCUGGACGGUUCCAACAUUUGCGUGUGCUGCGGUGAAUUUAGAAGCGUUUGAUCGCCUGUGGCCGGAGUUUUUUCCAGAGGAAGAACCUUCACUGCUGCAGAAAGCUUCGCUGAGGGCUGCGUUCAAGAUGUGUCAAGAAAUGACACAACCAGCAUUAACCAAUAACCAGGCUGCACCUGCCUCAGCGGCUUCGGAUCCUAUGGCGAAUCCUGGAACUUGGGCGGAGAGUUUUCCACCGAAGUUAGAUGCAACAGUGAUUGAUCAGAUGAAAACCAAAUUUUUGGCCAGUUACCCUUCAGAGUUGGUCAAUCAUGAUACCAUGCCAAGCACGACUUUUGCAAUUGAGGCCACGUCCAAUGAAGAUCCCUUCGGCCCCAUCACAGCCCAGCUUUUCAGGAACCUCAGGUUCAGCGGCCUCAACCAGUGCCGUGGCUGUGGCAGGAGCCAUCAGUCCUUGGUCGGAACCCGAUCAGAAACGGGGGAAUAUUUAAGUCGCCAGACUGCAUGCUACCCAGAGGCAUUGGCAACAAAAUUUGAUGCACAACAACAAUUUCCAUUGGGCGUUGCCUUAGGCAAAUUAGGAAUUGCACACUCGGAAGGCAGAGCACCACGCCUGGUCCUUGACCAGACCAUCUGCGGCCUCAACGGCAGGUGCCGUAUACCUGAGCGGAGUACAUUGCCUUCUAUCAAGGACGUGUUGCGCACAUUCCCAAUUAGGAAUUUUUCUGGCGACCAUAUGGGAUUUUCGUUAGACAUUAAGUCAGCCCACAAGAGAAUCUUCGUUCGAGAAGAAGAACAUGGACUUCUAGGCUUUACUGUGCAGGGCAAGUUGUACUUUUAUAGAGUCGCUCCGUUCGGAGCCACCUUCUCGGCAGCGUGGUGGUCCAGACUUGGUGGCUGGAUGCUCAGGCUCUUCCACUUUCUUGUUUGGUGGUCACACGUUGCCUUGUUAUACGUUGAUGACUUCUUGUUCUUCCAAUCAUUAUUCAGCAUGCCACUCUCGGCUACAAUGAUCUGUAUCCUGAGUCAGAUUACAAACAUCCCUGUGUCUUGGCAAAAAUGCGAGUUGGCAUUCAGCAUACAAUGGAUUGGAUGGAAAAUUCACUUGAGGUCAGGGUUUGUCGAAAUCCCGGUCACCAAAAUCAAGAAAUUCCAAGAUUAUUUGCGAUCAAUGGGGCGGAGCUCCCGUACCUCCAAGCGCAAUUUGGAGAAGUUGAUCGGCCUGGCCCUUUGGUUAACUCAACUUUGGCCGUACAUGCGAAUUUGGAUUCGACACUGGUACCAUGAUUUGUAUUCCAUUCCUGCUACACAUUACAGUAUUGACAAUGGUGAUUGGCGAGCUUUUUCAUCUUAUUUGGAUGACAAUUUGAAUUUCACCUCUCGUCCAUCUGGGACGGCCUUGCCAAUUGGUGGACAACUCCUGGCGGUGCGUCAUCAAACUGUUCAAACCAAGAAUGAUUUGGCCAAAGUACAUGUAUCCAAUAAACGAAUUUGGCUUCGCAUCAGAGACCCCGCUUCCACCAAACGCAAACUUUCACCUUCGAGCUUGCGUAUUGUUCAACAAUUUAUGUUAUGGCUUUCAGGCUUAUCCCCCAUGAAACCUUUGACACCCAAGACAUACUGGCCUGGGAUUGCUGCUGCAGACGCAUGUGCAGCUGGUGACACAUGUGAAAUUGGGGGAUUUGUCAAAUCCGACUCCGGCAAAGUAUACUGGUUUUCAGAAAUUUAUUCACAUUCAGAUUUUGCAAACUUGAACAUUGAGUUGGAAUCCGAAAUGCAACGAUCCAUCUCCUCUUUUGAGACCUUGGCUCAAAUCGCCUUACUGUUCGUGACAGCUCAAUUUUUUCCAGCUCAUCGCAUGCCAAUUUGUUUAAAAAGUUUGAGUGACAACAGUGGAGCCGAAUCCGGAAGUAAUAAACUUUGGAGCAUGACCUAUCCCCUUGCCAUUUUCCUGGAACGCAUGUGCCUGAUGUCAGCCAUCUUAGGAAUCGAGAUUGACGUGAGCCACAUUCCAGGCUCACAAAACAUCUUGGCAGACGACCUCAGCAGGUGGGACCAAUCCGGAAGCCCACCACAUGAUUUCCGAUUGACAGAUCGCAUCCGUAUCUCCCUUUCAGACUUAUGGAACAUCCGUAGAUCGCCAACAUUAGUUCCAACACAGGCCACCAUUCCUUGGACGUUGCCUAGCUGGUAG